CUUUAUCACUGAUUAUUUCAGUUAUCACUUCCAUCGUGGGCGCGAGUAACUUAUAAUAUGCGCGAUAUUUUCGAAAAUACAUGACAUUUUUUCAGUGACUGAUUUGUUUCUCUUAUUAGUGGGACGUUUACUACGACAUCAUUAUCGAGAAAAAAUGGUGAAUAAAGAAGUAUGCGAUCUUUAGAAAUGACAGCUUCCUGGCACGAAGAAGAUGAAGACGUGGAAGUUGAGGAAAUGGAACUUGGAAAGCACACACCUGACAGAAGAGAUGAACUCACCGAAGAAUCCAGUAGUGACGAAACAACCGGUAAAAAGAGGCGGAAACAUGGAGGAAGUGCCUCCAGUGGUAGUGCCUCAAGUGGAACUACGAUAAGGCGGCGGAAAACCUGCAUAAGUGCAAGAGAGAGAAAUUUAAGAAGACUGGAAAGCAACGAGAGGGAAAGAAUGAGGAUGCAUUCGCUGAACGACGCAUUCGAGCAACUCAGAGAAGUGAUUCCGCAUAUAAAAAUGGAGAGGAAACUUUCGAAGAUAGAAACCCUAACAUUAGCGAAAAAUUAUAUAAUGGCUUUAACAAACGUAAUAUGUGAGAUGAGAGGAGAAGAAAAACAUUACACAUUCGUUCAGGAUGUAGAAAGUGAUGCCGAAAUAGAAUCAAAUGCCACAACAGAAGAAACCACGAAUUGGGAACAAAACAACAAUAAUAUGUUCCAAGAGAAUUUGGAAUCAUCUCCAGAAAACGUUACGGUGAAUUCCCGUUGAAAGGACAAUCAACAUGUUUGUGUAGUGUUAAUUAUGUGGUUUGAAUCAAAUCACUUCAAAUAUAUUUCUGCGGUGAAAAAAAAAUAGACAAGUGGGCAGUGGUUUCUAAGAAUGUACAAUACAUUUUUACCAUAGAGACAAUGGAAUCAUGAAAGGGAACCAAAUUUUUCUCAGAGAUGAUAUACUAUUAGAAAUUGAACAAUGUUCAGAACAAUGCAGUUUUUCAAUUGUAUAUGUAAUUUUAUGAAAAAUGCUUUUAUGUGACUCAAGUACUGAGUAAUUCCCAUAAUCAUCAAUUUCUAGUUAACAAAAUAUUUUUCAACUAGAUUUCAGUAACAGUAAUAUAUUUCAUAUCGAGAAUGUCACUUGAAGAAAAAUUUUCGUAUUCAGUUCCAACAUGAUGCGUCUGAGUCUGCAAUCUCUUUUGUUGGGUGUUUGAAAUUUAAAAAAGGACCAUUUUGUCCCAGUUUUAGCCAACGCCGCUACUCUUUUCAUCACGAAAUAAAACUGAAAGUCCACUCAUUAUCGAAAUCGAAGUUUUCUUCGCAGAUAUUAUUCAACACACACUUAUUUGAAUUCUCAGAUUGCUCUGUGGUUAACAAGUAUAUACAAAUCAGGCGAUAUUUUCAAAAUCAGAUAUAUCGAAAACGAAUGUUAAUAUUAUGGAAGACAUUAUUCGUUUCAACUAGCUCUAGUCUCUACUUAUCAGUUUUUGAGCAGAUGUGAUUUUUUGUGCUUCCGUGUUUGGUGUAAUAUUUGUAUAUAAUUUGGAAAAAUAUUCACAAUGAUAACAUAUAUCGAUGAACAUACCGGUAUUAUCCUAUAUCAGAUCCUAUCUAUAUCUAUUUUCAACUUAGAUGAACUUAUAUUUUUUGUACUUCAUAGAUUUAUUUUUUCUCAAUUUUGUUCCGAACAGUUAUACAGAGAUUAUAGAAUAUAUCCCAUAUGAACGAGAAUGCAAAGUUUGAAUUAUGAGAGUUAUUGUGAAAACUUUGUAUUACUCUCUAUGGAGUUAAGAUAUAUGUUAAGUUUAUUGUAGAUACUUCAUAGGAAAAUGUUAUGUUACCCUCGAAGGACUCAUAGAACUCCUUUGAAAUAUCCUAUGCUCAAGAAAGGCUUGAAGGUGUACCAAAAUAUUGCCAAAAUAUUGCGUUAUGAUAUAAUUGUAAAAUUAACAAUUUAUUCCAUAUUGAUAUAGUUUGCGGAAAGUAUUGACAAAAAUUGAGUAUUGUUCAUAUUCAUUUUUUUUGAAAUACAUCAAACAAGGGGACUUGAAUAUGAGGGUAUUUGAACUCAUAUUGUAAUUCUCAAAUGAUUAGAACAAAAAUUAUUGCAACUGAAAGUAAAUAAUUUUUCACCUAAAAGAAUGCUACUUGCUAAUAUUUUUGAACUCACUUCUAGGUAAAUUUUUUAGAAUGAACGCAAAAACACGGGCAAAAUCAGGAUAAUAUCUAUUUUGUGUGUUUUCAUGCAUACUCAGAUGUUUUCAAAUUAACGAUCGGACAUCUCUGGGUUUUCGCCAAAUAUUUCAAAACGAUUAAUUUUAUAGUUUUCCCUUGUCAAAAAAGCGUUGAUUUUUCUUUAUGGCACAUUCGACUUCACUUCAAUUUCUCGCUCAAAAUGUAAUUUACAGAGAAAUCUAGGCUUUCACGGCAGGCGUCAGAGUGUUGGUUGGUUUCUGGGUUUUGCCGUGAUUUUCUUAGGUUACAAUCUCCAAACGUUUCUUCUGCAACUACGGCGGUCAUCUUCAGUAGCGUGGUCAAAGUACUCUUCUUGACGAAUCAACUGAAACUGAAGCUGUCAUUUCUGGUAUGUUAUUUAUAGUACUGAUUUUCCGCGCACUUUCUGUAAUAGCAGGUUCGCGCGACCUUAUCGCGCGAUUUGAAUGACAUGGCUUCAUUUUGGCGCCUUUCAAUGUUGUGUGCCAGAACUUUGGUAGAUAUGUUCUCUCUUCCUUUCUGUUGAAGUUUUGGUGUGACAAAGGGAAUCACUUCUCGCCGAACCAAUAUGGUUUUCGUACGGGAAGAGACACGGUAAUGGCAGUAGAUAAGGUGGUGGAACGGAUCAAGGAGAAUAAGAGAGAAGGGUGGCACAGCUUGAUUUCCGCUCUGGAUUUAUCCAACGCCUUCAACUCGGCUUGAGCCCCAGCCAUCGAAAACAGCAUGAAUGGGAUGUGUGUCCCUGGAAAAAUGGGAGAGUUUGCAUGAUCUUCAUAGGGAACAGGGAAGUGAUGAGUGGGGGACUGGUAGAGCUCGUGGACAGAGGCUGUCCACAGGGAUCAAGCCUGGGACCUACGCUCAUCAUCAUGGAAAGAUGGUUCGAAAGGAUAAGAGAAAUGGAUGAACGAGAAAAUUAGUGAGUGAAUGAGGGAGUUCCUUACGAGCAGCAUGUCAGGGCUGACAUCGUGUGGACACAAGCCUAUGCAGAUGAUCAGAUGCUCAUUGUGGGAAGACCAUCCGCGAAAGUUAUAGAGAAGAAAUGGAGUAUGGUAUGGAAGGCAUUCAUGGAAUGGGAAGACGAAACAUGGGUCAACUACAACCACAAAAAGACGGAAUGUAUGUUUGUAGUAGCAAGGAAGGUUGAGAGACCACCUGUGGUCAGAAUGCAUGGAAAAACAAUCGAAGCGAAAGAGAAUAUCAGGUAUACCUCGGGAUUCUGGUUGAUAGAGGACUUCUAUUUAUCGACCACAUGAAAGAGGUACGUAGGAAGAUGGCCAUAAUGACGGGGAGAAUGAGAAGAUGGACCGGAAGAGAACUGACUGUAAGAAGAGAGUGCGUCAGGAUAAUAUAUGAAAGGGUGGCAAAACCUGCACUUCUGUACGGAGUACAAGUGUGGGGGGCCAGAGCGAAUGACACGAGGAUAAGGAGACAGAUACUAGCCGCGCAGAGACCUUUUCUGUUGGUGAUAAGUACAGCCUACAGGACGACCGCCACUGCUGCAUUAACAGUACUGGCCGGGGUAGCUCCACUCAACAUAUAGGUGGUGACUAGAUAUCAGAAAUGGAUGGCAAACGAAAGGGAGAAAAAUAGGGCAAGAGUUACAGAGAAGGAAAGGGUAUCCCCCUGGAGCGCCGAAAAGGACUGGAGGAGUGUGAAAACAUGACCGAAGUAUAUGUGGACGCCGGUAGGGCGAAUGAUGGAAGGAUGAGCGUAGGCUGGGCCUACAGAGAACGGGAUGCAUGGCAACAGGGAGGAGAGAGAGAGAGAGAGUAGAAGGGAUGAAUGACAUAAACGAAGUGGAAAGGGCAGCGAUUGAGAGGGUGAUUGGAAGGAGUGCAAUAGAGUAGAGUGGAAGAGUAGUCAGUGACUCAAAGAUCGCAGUCGAUAUGUUACAUAAAGUUCGACAAAAAAACAAACGAGCAGUGGAGAUACUCACAAAAUUGAGGAUCGUAAAAGAAGGGGAAAAAAGACAUAGAUCGAAUGGAGAAAAGGGCACGAUAGAGCAAAUGAAAAAAAUGCCAGAGCAUAUGCGAAAUGUCUAAAGGCAGUAAAUGAGGAAGAAAUAGGAUGGAAAAGCGUAGUAGUGUAUGACAAGAAGGAUGGAAGAAGAAGGAUAAAGGAGAGCAUAAGAGAAAAUUGCAAAGAGAAUGGGACACGAGUGACAAGGGAAGAUGGACAUAUGAAUGGUGUAGGUUGGUAGGGACAGAAAGACUGGGGUUGAAUUGGAAGGUGGUGCAGCUGAUGACGGGGCACGGCAACUUCACCGGAUACCUGAGUAGAUUUGGGUUAGGCCGGGAAGUUCCAUGCUCCUGCGGCACUGGGGACCCCGAAACAGCAUAACACAUAGUGAGAGUAUGUAGACUGAAAGAAAAUGAGAUGGAAUGAGAAGCUGAGAAAGGAGGUGGGAGAGAGAGGGGAGCCGCAGGUAAGAGAUGACAACGGAGUAAAAGAGGAAUGGGUGAGGUUUAUAAACGAGAUGGCUGAACAUGUCAUUGACGAUGAAGGGAUGUAAAAUGACUGGAUUAAGUCAUUUUACAUCCCUUCAUCCCUUAAGAUUAUUAUCCGACGAGUGAAGGCUUGACGGUGAGUGAAGGCUUGACAGGAGAAUCAAGCAAAGCGCGAUCUCUGUCGACUUGCCCCUCUACAUGAGUCUACUGCGUAGAUGGAUUGAUCAAGACUAUAGCUUUUCACAGUUUUUGGAGUUGAACUUUCUAUUUUUGAAGUUGGGGUUGUUCAAUGUAAUUCAUUUUAUUUUUGUGUUUUUUCAAAGCUAAGGUCCAAUGUCUGGACAACUUAUGUUAUUAUGAAAGUUGUAUAGGGGUUAUUUUUUUUAUUAAUGAAUAAAAGAAAAAGAGGGUCCGCUUUCCCCGCUUUUUUCCCGACACGUUGCGUAGGUGUCUACAGGGCACCUUCGCGGGGUGAAGGGGGUGAAGCGGAGGUGAUGGGGUUUCCUUGACGGUGGCUUCGUUAGAUAGGGGGAAUUCUGUGCUUUAUGGCCUUCGGGCUUGUCAAGCUGUGGCAUUGUUAAUGCGUAGUUCUUCUGUUGAAGUUUUUUUGGUGUUUGUGUAUUUUUUUGGCUUCUAAAUACAUUCUUGUCAAAUGAUGAUUUCACGUUGCUCUCGAUAUUUUUGAAAAAGAUCUUGUGUUUCCCUUUGGCAUGUUUAGCGACUGCAGACUUCUUGGUUUGUCCCAACCGGCAACUCCGCUUGUGCUCGACUAGGCGGGUAGAUACCAAUGCUCCUUUUCGUCUGACCGAUAUAAACUCUACCGCAGUUACAUGGAAUCCUUUCGCUGAUUUGAGUGGAUCUCUGCUGUCUCGUGCUGAUCUCAGAUACUCCAAUUUUUCAUUCGUCGGUUUGAAGACGGUGUGACAAUAGAUGGUGAGUGUUUCCGAUUCGGUUAGUGACACCUUCUAUGUAUGGCAGAUAGACCUUGGGGUUCCAUGUUCGAAAAAUAUUUGAAAUAUUCAGUUUUUUCACUGACUCCCUUCGUCUGAAAAACAUUGAUACUUGAAGACAAAAUAUAGUCGGAUAUAUGUAAUGGAAUUAUACAUUUCUGAGAAUCUUGUUAAACGGUAGACCAAUGUAUUCUGAGCGUUAUUACACAACAAAGUGUGUCAUGGUAUGUAAGUUGAUGCUUCAUAAGUUCUCUUCAGUAGUUAUUCAACAAAAAAAACGAAAAUCCUACAGAACCUCUGACCUACCCAUGGUGUCUCAGUAGGAAUAGAUGCCACGCUUACAUCAUCGUUUUACUUUCUUACUUUCUCUUCGUCUUCAGGUAUAUUUUUAAAUGUUCAUUACUAAAUUAUAUAUUAUUGAAUGUUCAUUUCAAUAUUUUAUUUUUUUCUAUUCAUCUGUCAACAGAAUUUCAUUUAAGACUCGUAUAACAGUUUUCUGAGAGGAGUCAACACAACAAUGUCAUGAAUUUCAUGAAUUUUUAAUCAAUACUCAAUUUCCGCUUCCCAUUCUAGUAGGAUCAAAUCCUACUAGAAUGAUAACAUUUUCUCCGUAGCCCUAUCAAAUUAUAUGUACUUAGUAUUCUAGAUUGUACCCUAAAAUUUUAUAUGUAUACGUAAAGAGGUUUUUUUGUUUGUAAAUACGGAAGUUUUUUUUGUUACAUCAUUUUGACAGUUGUUUACUGAAUGGAACCUAAUAGUUGAAACUGACAUAGCCAUGGCCAUGGUAUUGAUAUAGUCGACAUCCUUUUUUGCUUCUACCUUUCCAAUUUUUCUUUCUUAUCUCUUCAAUUUCUUUGGUGCAUCAUUUCAUUCUUUCAAAUGUACGUUUCUAUAAAGCAGUUGAAGUUUGUUUAACAAAUCAAUAUUCACAUGUGAAUGUAUUAUUCACACGAAAGUGAGAAUUUUGAAUAUUUUUAUUCAGCACAAACCUGCUUAUUCCAUCAUGAAUUGAACGAUCAAUACCUCAAUUUCAAACUUUCCGUAAUUAUAUCGUUUCGUAGACAUAGGUAUUUAUUGAAGUAUUCAUAAUGUUCAAUUAAAAACGAAAUGAGUUUUACGCUCCAAUUAUUUAGUCAAUUCGUUAUUUUUACAUAUGAGGUACUUUUUGGUACAUUUGUAUUGAGGCGUGAGAGUUCCAAAUGCAAAUUGUGAUAUCGUAGAAAACUUGCAGAAGUUUUUAGUUUAUGAAAAUGAAUAUAUUUUAUGAAAUGUAUUGUAUUAAGUGUAUUCUUGUAAACAUAUUUUACCAAGAAAAAUCUAUUGAUUGAGAUUAAGAUAGUAAAUUAUAAUGAAACACACUAUGACUAAAUAUAUAUCUCAAAUAUG